AUGCGUUUUUCGACAUCUCUAGCAAUAGUUGCUCUUCUUGGGCUUGGGAACCUACCCCCCAGUGCUAGGGGGGCACCAACUGGUCUAUCUGAGCGUAGAUUACCAUUGGAUGCUCUGCAUGACCUUGUUAGCAGAGUUGAUAUCGUAAUCCCUCACGAGGACCCAGAUCCAGUGAUUGAGCCUGAGCCUCGUCCAGCACCACCUCCACCACCACCACCAGCGGCAAAGGGGCCUGGCGUCGUGACUGCUCCGAAAGAUGUUCCAGCCCCUAUUCUGAAGAUAUACCCUCCUAAGGACGUCCCGAACCCCUUUGAGGUCGGCCGGUACGACUACGCCAAAUCAGUCCGAUCAACCCCCGACCCAAAUUGGGGAACAGUGACCGAUGUAUCGACUCCAAAUUACGAGGGCGGUCAUUUACCUGUAGACGUAAUCGCCAUCAACACGGACAAGAACUCGAUCGGCAUUAUGGAGGCCUGGAACAAGGACGAUGCACCUGCUGAUACAACCAAGAAGCUCGCCCUCGCUGAUAUUGAGAUGAACCUGUUCACUCAAGCCGGCAAGACCCCUCAAGAUCUGUCACUUAUCCACGUUGACAACGUCAAAAACACCGAUACCAGGAACGCAAUUACCAGCGUCUACAAGAUGAAUAAUAAGCCGACACUUAAUGCAGCUGAUAUCACUGUGAGGGCUUCUGCUGCAACAGGUAGUACGGAGCUAAACGGGUUUAAUACCCUCCUUGGUACCCCAUUUGGUAUCGGAGCGGACAAAGUCAGACAGCAGUUUAGUGUUGGCAAGAGUAUCACUUCGUUCAAAGUUAGUAACCACAAAGAUGCUUCUGGAAACAACGUUGCCGGACAAUUCGACAUGGAUAUCACAUUUGCAUAG